CGUUCGCCGCUUUACAUGUUCGCUUACGUUGGUGAAAUCAAUGGUAAAUCGAGAAUAAUCAAAAGUAUUCAGAGGGCCAAGGCCUUUGAGUGCACAGUGAGAGCAUCCGAUUCCGGAUUGCAGCGUUCAUCGCCUAUGAGCGCCCCCCGCUCAAGUACUCAGUGCCUUUACAGUGCAGUGUGGUGAGGUGAACGCGGAUAGUUUUCCAUUUCGACCUCGUUAACGUGCCCCCGUGGUUUGAGUGGUGCCGGGACUAACGUUCCGGUUCUGUAAAUCGAGCGGCAUCGACACGUCGAAUCGAUGUGCCCCCGGUGGGCUCCAAUGACAGCUCGCACAUUGAUCGGGGUCAAUCCACCCAAAUGGUGAUUGGAUGACGAUCUCAGCUCGCUCCCCGGAAAAGGAGCCGUCGCAGCCGAAGCAGAUCAACUUCGCCGAGCCGCUGGUGGCUUCGGUACGAGUGUAUCUUGCCCAUGAGGUACCCGCUAAGCAGCUAACACUAGUGCCGAGCGCGCCCACUCCACCGCCGAGCCCACCGCCGCUGCCGCCCCCGACUUUAUUACCUUGUUCAUCCGAGCCCGCUGCGCCACCACACUGCGAUGUCGACAUAGCUACGCACACCGCUAAGGAGGACAUCAAAGGCAUUAACUUUGAGGCACGCCUCAAACGGAAUGACCUAAAUAACAACGCGUCCAGAUCGCAAUCAGAAGGUGCCAGUGCCGAGGGCGACAUGCCUAGCCAAGCAGAGUUAAUGCAACGGCAACCUCUUCUAGCGCGCGCCGCCAAAUUGGACGCGCCACAUACACAGCCAACUACAGACGAAUCAGACCCCGAUCAGGAACACUCGCCACAACGGCACAGUGGCGAUUUCAUAGUUGAAAUUCCGCCGGGGGCAGUACGCGAAGAGCGCUACCCUAAAGAGAUAUGGAAGACAAUUAUGUCCUUCUUCUUUCUGUUCUUGUGUGUGUGCAUCAACAUGAUGUCACUGUCCCUGGUGCACGAGCGACUACCUGAUCGCAAUACCACGCCGCCGCUUAACGAUAUCGUCUUGGACAACGUAGCGGCCCGAGACUGGGGGCUCGACGUCUCCGAGUACCUCAUCAUGGUCUCCACCACAGUAGCAAUGCUCGUCGUAGUGUUCCACAAGCACCGAUUCAUUGUGUCACGACGCAUGUUCUUUAUCAUAGGAUUACUAUACCUGUACCGCUCCAUCACUAUGUUUGUCACCGUGCUGCCUGUUUCCAGCACCACCUACAACUGCAGUCCUAAGAGCAAUAACACUACACCAUUGCUCGUAAUCCGAAGGACGUUUUACCUAAUAUCCGGUUUCGGGCUGUCUAUUAACGGCAAACACACUUACUGCGGUGAUUAUAUCUACUCAGGACACACAAUGGUGCUAGUGUUGAGCUAUCUGAUUGUGGCGGAGUAUUCUCCGCGGAAGCUGUGGCCUGUACACUGGGCAAUGUGGGGAUCGGCGCUACUGGGCGUGAUAUUUCUGCUGCUUGCACACGGCCACUACACAGUGGACGUUGUGAUUGCGUACUACGUGACAACGCGGCUGUUCUGGACGUUUCAUUCGCUGCUGGUGACGCCGUAUCGAGCAGGCAACGGAUACAACCACUACAUGAUACAGCGAGAGUGGUGGUAUUGGGCGUUCACUUACCUGGAGCGCAACGUGCGCGGGCCAGUACCGCGCCGCUACGACUGGCCGCUGCCAUGGCCUCGCACCAAGCUCUUCAGCCGGCUCAGCUAGUGACGCGCUGCACCGCCACCGCCACCCCAGCGCGUAUGACGCUCACCUUCUGC